AUGCAAGCAUUUGUCAACCUAAACCCAAGGACAUGGUGGAAAUGGCAUUUUAGUCGCAGAGACAGAUAUAGCUGUAGAAUCAAAGAUAUGCCCCUUUUUGAAAGUGAAAAGCUUCUUCUUGGCGGAUACAGGAUAAAUCAACCCUGUGGCGGAAAUAUUGGAUCGGCUUGUUUGUCUAAAAAGAAGGGUUAUAAGUGCUAUAGCAUUAGUCCUAUGUUAUGCUGCAGUAUUACAUGCGCUAAAAUCCCUGUGUUAUUGACAAGUCAGCAUUGGUUUACAUUGGUGCCGUUAAAAUGGACAGAUAAAGAGGUCGAUAUUGAGCUAAAUAAAUGGUUUUCCUUGGAAUUGGGAUGCUUUAUAUUAUGUGGCGAUAAGUUGAAGACUCUUGCUGUGACAUAUCGACUAUUCCAUCGUUCAAAAUAUACCCACAACGGGACUCGAACCCGCAAUCUUCGGUUUAGGAGACCAAUGCGUUAUCCAUUACGCCAUGUAGGUUUGACAGUUGGACCAGACACCAAAAUUAAUAGAAAAAAAUAUUGCAGUUUAGAUGACAAUAAGAAUCACGUUGCUCUGAUUAAGGCUCAGAUAGGAUUGAUUACCUGA